GCCACUCUGUUAGGAACAAGGAACAUCAGUAGCUUCGCUGGUGCUAUUAACACUAAUGGCACAUUAGCGCAAAGACAGGGCUGCAUACGGCGAGUUGCGUCUUGCUUGGCAGUUAACGUUCGUUGGCGUGGGAAACGGCGGUUCUAGUGCUAAACCGCUACCGAAAAGACUAUAAAAGCUGCGCCGACAAAAUAAAAGCGCCCAGUCAGGUUCUAAAUCAUAACCUUUUGUUUUGACUAUCGGUCCAGCUCCGUAUGGGACAGCUUCUGGGUACGGACCCGGACCGCGGUCCGCCUGGCCUCUGCUCUAAGGCUUUACUCCCGAGCAUGUGUUACUGCAUUACCGAAACUGAAUGUUUGGUGUACACAUUUUUUUUCUUCAAUAAAGUUGAUUGUAAUAAAAGUUUUUAUCCGUGUUUAGUUGCAUUGUCUUAGCAAGUUCACUUCUUUUUCCGUCCAUGUAAUUUUCAAUGUGGUGACGUAAUCCAUCUAACAAGUUCGAAUCGCGUGGCUGCCUUGGCCGCGUUCUAAGACUGAUGACGCAGUGUACACGUAAUUUAGAACGCGAGCGCUCACUACCCAUUUCGAGUAUUCCACGGGUUAGUUACGGAUCGCGCUUCUCUUCUGGUGAAAUCAUGUCUGUCAGUGAACCUUCCCGCGCUCAGAUGGCAUCGGAAGUGCCUGAGAUUCUGGUAGAUCCCAAGACAUUAAGGUCCUACGGCAGGGAUGAGCUUUUGGGACAGGGCGCUUGUGGCAAAUGCUAUAAGAUGACCGAUCUUGAAACUGGCGACACCUAUGCUGUUAAGGUCAUCCGGCUAUAUUCCUGGGGAGUGGAGGAGGUCUGUGAAGAAGUACAGAUUUUAAAAACACUGCGGCACAAGAAUGUGGUGGGGUUCUCCCACUCUUUCGAAGAUGACAAAUUCAUGUAUAUUUUCAUGGAGUUGUGCAGUGGGCAGACACUCGGUGACAUUUUAAAAGCUCGGGGGACUUUGACUGAGCCCGAAGUGCGAUACUACAUUAACCAGCUGAUUUCAGGGUUAACAUACAUCCACCGGCAAGGUUACGUCCACAGGGACAUCAAGUUGGAAAAUUUAUUUAUCAAUGACCAAAUGGAACUGAAAAUUGGGGAUUUCGGACUGGCGGUCAAGCUGAAGCCGAGGGAGAAAGAAGUGUGUGGUACUCCCGUCUACAUGGCUCCAGAAGUGUGGAAACGAGAGGGCCAUGGAACGGAAGCGGACGUCUGGGCACUGGGCUGUGUCAUGUACCAGCUUCUGGUUGGGGAAAUCGCAUUCUACGCUGACGAUUACUGGGAGAUGCUCAAGAAUAUAAAGGAAGCCAAAUUUAUUCUACCGCAGAAUCUCUCUAUUGAAGCUGGGAAACUGAUGGGCAAGAUAUUUAGAAUCGACCCACGGGAUCGCCCGUCACUAUCGAAUGUCCGUCGCCACAAGUUCUUCACAAAGGGCUUCACUCCAAAGGCACUGCCAGCUAGUAGCUGCAAUACACCACCACAGCAUAAAGCAGUCAACCCAUUCAAAAAGAUUUUCAACCGUUUCAUGCGCCUGAUACGAAAAAAGCGAUCCAGAGUUGAGCCUUUACGGGAGGAUGCCGAGCAGAGUGGACUUGAGAUCCCCCAGCCUGUGGAGUCACUCCGUGUUCUAGAGGAUGUCAACAGACCAAUGAACAAAUUGACCUGGUCCAGUUGGUCAAAGUGGUUGAGGGACCUGUAGGCAGGCUGUACUCAGCAAGUGCAGUGACGCCCCACACCUGAGUGCCUCCCCCAGCUCCCUGUCCACUCCUGUUUCAAUAAAGUUCUUUUGUGUUUCAAG